UUUUAAAAUCUGUAUAGCCCUCUCUAGAUUUACGGGCCGUUCCAAUUCCCACAUAGCAAUUCAGCAGAACCAAAUCAAGUUCUUCUGAAGAACAAUCCUCCAACCCAAAUGGCUUCUUUUGAUCCUCCUCCUCUCUGUUCCAACAUAAUUUUAAAUCCUCCUCAGUUUUUCAAGAUAGUUUUGCAGAGAAAUCUUGAGCACAAAAAGCUGAUGAUUCCGAAGAAGUUCGUCACAGAUUAUGGGAAGUUUCUAUCGACUUCUGUACGUCUCAGACUUCUCGAUGGCAUGGAAUGGAAAAUCGGAUUAACGACCGCAGCAAAUGGCGCCGUUUGGCUUCAGAACGGCUGGCACCCAUUUGCAGAGCAUUACAGUUUGGAAUUUGGUUCACUGUUGGUUUUUAGAUUCGACGGAUGCUCAACUUUCCACACAACCAUAUUUGAUAUUACUGGGUCCGAGAUUAAAUAUCGUUGCAACUUUAAUGAUUCCAGUGGAGAUUUUGAAGAGGAGGAUGAUGCUAAUUACUCAAAACAGAGGGAGAAGCCAUCAUUUCAUUGUCAAGAAUUCUAUAUUAAUAGGAAGAAGCGAAGUUGUAAGAGAAUGCGAGAAGAUGGGGUUUCAAGGAGAAGGCAGGCACUAUCAUCCACAACCAAGAAAGCUGAUGAAGAUCAAAGAUUCAGCAGUUUGAAAUCUGGGAAACCUGGUUUCAAUGUUGUUAUGGGGAAAUCAAAUGUAGGAAGAGGAUUCACUAUGAUAAUUCCUAAAGAGUUUGCAGAGAAGUAUUUAGUGGAGGAAUUCGGAAGCAUUGGAAUUCAAACUUCAGAUGGUAGAAGUUGGUCACUUUUGUACAAAUGGAGUCGAAGCCAGGUGCGAGAUUAUGCUUAUAUUUCAGAUGGGUGGAAGCGUUUUGCAGAGGGAAAUCGGUUGAAAGAAGGAGAUGUUGUGUUCUUUCAACUCAUAAAAAGAGACAAACUUUUAUUCCAAACAAUUAAAUAUCGUUGCAACUUUGAUGAUUCUAGUGGAGAUUUUGAAAAGGAGAAGCCUUCAUUUCCCUGUCGUAAGAAGAUGAGAAAUGAAGGCUUAUUUUUCCCCAAAAUGGAACCUGAAGCUGCAGAAGAAUGCUAUAUUUACAGGAAAGAUGGGGUUUCAAGGAGACGGCAGCCAUUAUCAUGUACAGGAACAGCCAAGAAAGCUGAAGAGCCUCAAAGAUUGUGCAAUUUGAAAUCUGAGAAACCUGGUUUCAAAGUUGUCAUGGGGAAAUCAUACGUCACAGGAAGAUGCAAUAUGACGAUUCCUAAAAAAUUUGCAGACAAGUAUUUAGUGGAGGAGUUUGGAACCAUUGGAAUUCAUACUUCAGAUGGUAGAAGUUGGUCUCUUUUGUACAAAUGGAGUCGAACCCAGGUGCGAGAUUAUGCUUAUAUUUCAGAUGGGUGGAAGCGUUUUGUAGAAGAAAGUCUGUUGAAAGAAGGUGAUGUUGGGUUCUUUCAACUCAUCGAAAAAGAUCAACUUUUAUUCUCAAAACAAGAGAAGAGCAUCUGUAGUACCUCUGCUUCUCCUUCCCUUUUGCCGAAGAAGAAAGUUGCAACUACCAGAAAUCCCUUCUUCCAAGUUGAUGUUCGAUUGGGUAGAAAUUCGAUGAGAAUUCCUAUGGAGUUUAUGAAGGAACAUCUUUCACCAGAAAUGCAUACUGCGAGGCUUGAGGUUGGGGAAAAAAAAUGGAAGGUGAUCAUGAAGAAUUACCAGAGGGGUAUCAGAUUCUCAGCUGGGUGGCCUGCAUUUUGCAGGGACAAUGCCUUGGAAGAUGAAGAUACAUGCUUUUUUGAGCUGCUGAACAAGAAUCACUCCCACUGUGCUUUUAAAGUUACCAUUUGCAGCAAAGUUCCAUCCUGUCUCAGUUGACUAAAUAUCUGUAAUGUUAUUUGCAAAAGCUUCGCCUUUUAUUAUUGUUUAGAACAAGGCAAGUUUCUGUAGGCUUUUCUUUUGUUCAGAGGAUGUUGCAGAUAUUUGGUAUGAGUAUUUUUGUAAAAGAAAGA